GAUACAGCGACUACCUGCCAGCGGCACUAUUAGCUACCAACACGGCAGUCUGCGAGUGACAACCAUCGAAUUAUUAGUUGACUUCAGAAAGUAACCCACCGUUCAGCAAAUCAAGAUGAGGUCGUUGUUGUUAGUACUCCUGGUCAGCUGUGUCGCAGCUUUGUCUGUAUCGGCAGAAACUUGCCUCAAGCCCGAGGUCAGCGCAUCGGCAUAUGUUACCGAGGAUGCAACUGUAUUAACUCAGGUGGCAUUUACCACUCAAUUUACCCUCAAAUGCACAAAUGGUGCCAAAGGCAUCUCCCUGUACGCCGAGGUCGAUGGCAAAUCCAUGCCAGCUGUACGCCUGAGCGCUGAUAACAAGUACCAGGUCUCAUGGACUGAUGAUAUCAAAAAGGCUCACUCCGGUGACUACAGCGUUAAGCUGUAUGACGAUGAAGGAUUCUCUGCCAUUCGCAAAGCAAUCAGAAAUGGAGAAGAUCCAGCCAGCGUCAAGCCUUUGGCUGUUGUUGUUGUCAAUAAUCCAGGUGUUUACACUGGACCAUGGAUCAACUCUGAACUCUUGGCAGCUGCUUUAGCUGCUCUUGUUUCUUACACAGCUUUCUCAGCAAAAUCUAAGCUGUUAGCGUAAAUUAUGAGAGCUAUGCUAAAUUGUGCAAUUAUGUUUAGUGUGAAUCUGUAAUUUUGUAUGAAGAAGAAAGUGAAAAACUUUUCAAACAUGUUGAAUAAAAAAAGAACUUGUUAUAAAAAAUA